UCAGUCAUAUUUCUGUCCACAGUAACGUUUACAUUAAUAAUACAUUUUAUUAAAUCACAACAUACUAUAAUAAUGAAUGUGUAAAUCUGAUGACAUAAAUCUCCAGUUUCUCGUAUCAUGGAGCAAUCAAAAUUAGAGACGCCUAAAUCACCGGAGACGAUGCACAUGCAAAUACGCAGUAUGUGCGGCGAUCAUCCGUUCACGAAAACUGAACUCAAUGUGAAGGAUUCAAACGAAGAGGAGAAAGAGAAGGAGAGAAGCAAUUCUUCGUAUCCCCAUCUAACACCAACGUCGUCCCGCACGGAGCGCGGGGCGGGGCUGCGAGCUCGCACGUGUUCGGAGGACGCAGUGCGAGCGCUAGAGGUGCGGCGCCGCGCAGUAGACGUUCAACAACGGGCGGAGCACGACCCGCUGUCCAACAACAGAGCCCUUCUACAAGCGGCGCUGGGCAGCUUCCGCUGGCCGCCGUACCUGGUGUGCGUGUGGGUGCUGGUGCUGCUGAUGUCGCACGCGCUGCACUGUCUGGCCGGCAUCCUGGAGCGCUCGCUGCCAUCGAUACGUAAAUGCUGCCAGUACUUCCGCACGUGGACAGAAGAGAGCUGGAAGAGCGACAAGGAUCACCGCGCGUGCCCGCUGGCUCUGGCGUGCGCCACGGGCAUACUGUACGUGUUCUACUGGGCUCUGUACCUGGUCUACUCCGUGCUGCUCUGGGCCAUAGAGCCUCUCGGCGUCGAGGAGGACACUGCACCUGACAUCACCAAAAUUACCAACUACGUAGACGAAAUUCACAGUAAGACCAACUUCCCAAAGUGAGACGCUUGUUGUUAUAUUUAUACUUUUUUACAUUUUUAUACAAAUGUUUUUGAAAUAUAUUUUGAACGAA